UCAUUCACAUGUGGUAGUGUACACACAUAAGAGCAGUCCUUGAGUUUCUAACAAAACAAUCUCUAUGGACCGCUUUUUGUUUAGCGUAGUAGGUCUGGUAAUCACAUUGAGUCUUAUUUCCUCUCAAGCUGAGGCUCGAGCUUUCUUUGUUUUUGGAGACUCACUAGUCGAUAGUGGCAACAAUGACUACCUUGCCACCACUGCUCGUGCCGACUCACCCCCUUAUGGCAUUGACUAUCCAACUCACAGACCCACUGGCCGUUUCUCUAAUGGCCUUAACAUCCCUGACAUUAUCAGUGAGCAAAUUGGGUCAGAACCCACUUUGCCAUAUUUGAGCCCUGAGCUCAGAGAUGAGAGACUACUUGUUGGUGCCAACUUUGCUUCUGCUGGGAUUGGAAUUCUCAAUGACACCGGAAUUCAAUUUAUAAACAUAAUCCGAAUUUGCAAACAAUUGGAUUACUUUCAACAAUACCAACAACGGGUGAGUGCUCUUAUUGGGGCUGAGCAGACUGAGCAACUUGUGAAUCAGGCUCUCGUCCUCAUUACUCUAGGAGGAAACGAUUUCGUCAACAACUAUUACUUAGUGCCCUUCUCUGCAAGGUCUCGCCAGUUUUCUCUCCCAGACUAUGUUGUCUAUCUCAUUUCCGAGUAUCAAAAAGUUCUAAGGAGGCUAUAUGAGUUGGGAGCACGGCGGGUUUUGGUGACUGGUACUGGACCAUUGGGUUGUGUACCAGCAGAAUUGGCCCAGCGUAGCAGAAAUGGCGAGUGCUCAGCUGAGCUACAAAGAGCUGCGGCAUUGUUCAACCCACAACUCGUUCAAAUGCUUAAUCAACUUAAUAGUGAGAUUGGUUCAGAUGUCUUUGUUUCUGCAAAUGCUUUCGAAAUGAAAAUGGAUUUCAUUAAUGAUCCUCAAGCAUAUGGAUUUGUUACAUCAAAGGUAGCAUGUUGUGGACAAGGACCAUACAAUGGAAUUGGACUAUGCACACCUUUAUCAAAUUUGUGCCCGAACAGAGAUGUUUAUGUAUUUUGGGAUCCCUUCCAUCCAUCUGAAAGGGCCAACAGACUGAUAGUACAAGCAAUUAUGAUUGGAUCCACAAAGUACAUGCACCCAAUGAAUCUCAGCACCAUUAUGGCUUUGGACUCCAAGGCUUGAUAAUCUUCUGCACUUCUUGAUGAUCAACUCGUCUUAGUUAUAUAUGUUCAUGUUUAAGCAGUCAAUUAUUUUUCUUAUUGUCAUGGAAAUUUAAGGCCGGUUUAUCGGCUUUGGAAAAUAAGCAAGUCUUCAGUGCUGGUGUAUUAAGUGUUCUGUUUGUACUGAACUGCCCUACAAAAUGUUACUUAUUGAUUAAUUAGAAAAUUACAUCCUAUGGUUGAUUUCUACAUGCCUUUGGAUAAUGGUAUUUUUAAAUUAAACAUUUAUGGUUUGAAAUUA